AUGUCGUUGAAGGCUCUCAAGGCAUCCUUCGAGGCUAACAAGCGUGUCUACGAGAGCGUGCUGCUCACUUUCAGAGGUGUUGACGGCUAUGACGUGUACAACUGCUCCGUCCCAUUCUUCUACAAGGGCAAGAUGCACAUCUACGGCCGCGUUGAAAAGCGCGAUAUUUGGGCCGCUUCACAUGUGCGCCUCUUCGAGGAGACGGGCAAGGAUGAGUUCACGGCGGUGCCGGAGCUCAGCUGGGAGCUGGAGGACCCGUACAUUCAAAAUGUGAAGAGGGAGAUGAUUUUCGGCGGCACGCGCGUUCGAAAGAACGGGAACGAAAUCCUCAGCUACUACGGCUACUUCUACCGCGGCACGCCGGUGGAGUUGAACUACUUCACGACAGGUCCUGACUACAUGAAGGAUAUCCGCGUGGUUCCGCUCCAAGAUGGCCGUCUCGGCAUCUUCUCGCGUGUUCGAACGAAGGAGGAAGUGUACGUGGGAUUCUCCACGGUCGACACCAUUGAACACCUAACAACGGAGGUGAUUGCAGCAGCGAAGGCAAUCGAUUUUAUCAAGCCAGGGACGUGGGGUGGCGUCAACCAGGCGUAUCUGCUAUCGAGCGGUAAAAUUGGCUGCAUUGGCCACUUCGCGUACAACGACACGAAGCCAUCUGGGGAGCCGCUUAUGGUAUACAUCAAUAUUUCCUUCGUCUUUGACGCUGAGACCCGCCAGCUGGACACCGAGCACGUUAUUGGAACAAAGUCGUGCUAUCCAACCUGCCCGGCGAAGCUACCCUUCCUCGAGGACUGCGUUUUCGCCUCCGGCAUCGUCAUGCGCGAGGACGGCCGGUGUGACUUGUACAGCGGGUUAGGAGACGCGUACGAAGGCCGCAUCACCAUUGACUACCCGUUUGAGGGUCAUGGAUCUCUCAUCGACAACCUGCACUUCUAG